UCAUUUAAUUUCACUGGUUUACAUAAGCGUUCACCCUAAUUUACGUAUUUUGCUUUCACCCGAAACUCGCGUUACACUUAUUUACAGCAAUAUUAUAUGCUCUUUAUUCAUAAAAUCUACAUUUCAUAACCCCAUGUGAAUUAAUAUUGUUCUGUUUUCUAUUCCACGUAACGUAACCUACGAACGAAAACCAAAACAAACACAUCGACGCCUGCUAGAUGCGAGUGCGAGCGUAGGCGAUAAGCGCCCGAGUUCGAGAUAAUCGAUUUAAGUGUCGAUACAUUCAUGGCAACUGUUUUUUCUGUGCGUAAAAGUGUAGCCGGUGCAGUCUAUUAACGAUUCUAUCCGUUUACCGCGUCAGUGGCCACGCGCAUUGUGUUCAUGUGUUUACUAAAGGGAUGUUCACAAUAAAAUUAUCUCGUGAUUGAUGAAAUACGUGUUUGUUAAUACUGAGUGUUGAAAAUGCCGAAAGUUGUAAGUGUUUUUGAUCGCGCACGUGAAUUUGAGAGCGAUGGAUUUUACGUUUUUGACAAAGUGAACAAAACAUUGAUGUGUAAAUUUUGUAAUGUUAAAAUAGAGUGGGCUCGCAAAGACACGUGUGUCAAGCAUUGCCGCGAUGGUACAGUGCACAGACAGAAAAAAGCAGCAGCUGAAUCACAAGCCUGCACAAGCAAAAGGCAAAUUUCUGUUGGUGACAGCUUUCAGGUGGCAAAAAAGACGAAAGUUGACAAAGAAAUUUUUGCCUCAUCUUUGACAAAAGCUUUCAUGGAAGCGAACAUACCAUUGGAGAAACUCGGCGAUCCUGCAAUAAAAAACUUUGUGGAAACUUUUGUUCCUGGUGGAGGGCAGUUACCAUGUGUAAAAACAUUGCGUGAGACGUAUGUGCCCAAGAUCCAAGAAGCGGCUGAGGAGCAGUGGAUUAAAUCAAUUGAGGGACAAGAUAUUGUUAUUUUGUGUGAUGAAACCACUGACAAAAAGGGACAGUGUGUUUUUGUGGUGCUUUUCAAAACAUUACAAGCUUCAGACUCACAAAUUCUUCUUGUUGCCGGGGUCAAAAUUUUAGAGAAUUCUAAUGCUAGUGAGUGCUCGCGGGCAAUAUUAGAAGUACUGACAAAAUUUAAGGUUGACCAUACAAGGGUUGUUGCGGUUGUGUGUGACAGUGCACGCUACAUGACAAAGUGUGUGCAUUCUUUACAAGUUGUUCUUUCGUCUGAGGGUAGGGACGUCCUUCAUGUUCAGUGUUGGAGUCAUAAACUGAAUCUCAUUCAAAAUAUUUGGCCCCAAUCUCUGCCGGAGCUUAACAAUUUUGUUAGCAAAACGAAAACAGCAUUUAUGAACACGCGCAAAAGGAAACACAAGUACUUGUGUUUUCUCAAGCAGCGCUAUCCAGAACAAGAAAAGCCUCAUGUUCUGUUUCUAUCACCAGUCCUUACAAGAUGGGGUUCAUGGUUUGAGUCGGUGGGUUAUGUUAACACAUACCUUGACGACUUGGUAACAUACCUGAAGUCACUGGAGCUCGAGUCGUCAGAAGCUCUGAUGUAUUUUCAAACCUUGUCAGUGGAAGAGAUUGUAAUCAUUCAAUGUCAGGCUGAAUUUCUCGUGUGCUUUGGUUGAGCUGACAAAGCAGCUGGAGGGUUCAAGCUACCCCAUGUCCCACUUGAUCAGUGGAAAACUCUCAGACUUGUUGAAAAGUUUGCAGCUGGUGAAUGAUUUUAAUUUUGGCUCAAAAACAAAUGAGAGUCUAAAGUUGUUGGCAGCUGUUAAACAAGGUUUGGUUAAAUCCCAGUUCCAGUCCUGUGGGUUGAGGUGUCACACAAAGUUGAUGAAGUUGAUUAAUGAAGAUCCUUCCAAAAAUAUCUUCCAAAACUUGGGGCAACUGUUUAAUCCACGGGAAAUAAUGUUGAAUGAUGUUUGCAAUGAUAUGGUCAGGGCAGGAAAAUCAUUGCCAUUUGUUUCAACUGUUUCAGGAAAAUAAUUUUUGGAAGGAUACUCAGCCUUAAAGGAAAUAGUAGUUGAGAAAGUGAAAAAGAGUGAAGGAAGUGUGGAUAUCAUUCCAAUUCUGUUGGCCUUGAAACUGGACCAUUCAGCUUUUGCAUGCAAUGCUCUGAAAGCCAUUUGGAUACCAGUAUCAAAUGUUGACUCUGAAAGGAGAUUUUCAGCAUAUUCCGAUGUGUUUUCAGACAAAAGGCGAAGUUUGAAACCUCAAAACGUUGAGCUUAUGGUCUCAUUGUACUUUGGAAGUAAAACAUAACAUGUUGAAGAAACUCGGACUAAGUUAUACUUACAGUACUGAAUUGUUAUUAGCAUAAAUUUUGCUUCUUGUCUUACAUAUUGAAUAAUUUUUGUAAUUUUUAACUAUUGAAACUGUUGAUUUGUAAUUUGUAUUGUUUUGUGGAAAGCUGGAAAAAAAUGUAGGCCUGUCUGAUUAUAUUUGCAUUCUAUAUGA